GAAGAACCAGAUGCACAGCCGACGUCUAAACCACCUGGAAAUGUUAAUCAAAGUACCGAAGAACAACCGUGCCCAUCAUAUAAACAGUUCAUGGACUACAGAAACUUCAAAUCAAAAGAAAGACAGUCCUUUAGCUGUGGGUCAAAAAGACGACUAAAACAAGAACAGAGACAAGUUCAGAUAAACAUAGGAUUGAUGGUGCCAAAUGGAAGGGAUUUAAAACCUGCAAGAGGGAAAACACUCCCAUUAUUUACAGACCCUCUGGUAGCAGCGCCUGAUCUGCUGAAACUAGCUGUUCAGAAAAUGAAGAGGUUAGUGGAUCUGAUGAUUUAGCACUUUUACAUAUCACAGUGCUGUGACAUACUGUACAUAAUAAUGCAUAAUAAUGUGUUGAUUUUGUUUCCUUUAACUGCAGUGGAUGUUAGCUCAGAAUCAGACUCAGAUUCUGAAAUUUUUGUUACAAGUAGGAGCACAAUUGAAUUCAAUCAGGCUGACACUAUGGUUUUUGAAGACUGUAACCAAAGUACACCCAAACACAAACUAGAAGAUGUAGUAGAUGCAUCCAGACAUUCAUCAACGAUUCAAGCUGGACAGAUAGUAAUAUCUGAUACUGAGGAUACUCUGGAUCUACCUGAAUACAAUGUGACUAAGUCCACUUACUACAGUAAAUAUACAAACCUUUAUGCACCAUGUGUUGAAGAAGAGGAUGAAGAGCCAGUUCCUGUAAAUUUUGGGAAUUUAUCAGACGCAACCAUAUUUAAAAAUGGUCUUUCAGCUCUUCAGUUUUUGACUGCACUGCAGCAGCAUCCUUCUUUGAUGAUCCCUGUCCUGUGCCACUCAGAAAAGAAGGUCACUGCCCUUGAACUUGAGGGACUUUUCAAACCUGACCUCAGUCCAUCAGGGAGCAACAGGAGACUCAGAGAAGGACAAACAUUAGGCUACUGGGCUGACUAUCUCCUUGAUUGUGAAGAAGGUCAGGCUGCUGUUUGCGUGGAAGAUGUUUUCAUGUUUGCAACUGGGCUAACUUCACUUUCCCCGUCUGGAUUGGAACUGCUGCUGAGGAUUGAGUUCCUGGAUGAUUCACCAUUCCCAAUGGCAAACACAUGUUCAAACACAAUGAAAUUACCACUGCUGGAUUCAUACAGUGUGUUUAAAUCACAUAUGGAUUUUGGAAUUCAGAAUUCGCCAGGAUUUGGCUGUUUUUAAAUCAGGUGUGAUUGGGUCCACUAGAUGUGGAUAAAUCACUACAGCUAGAGAACUCGCAUCCAUCUGCACUGGUGGACACACUUUAGCACUGUUACUAUUUAAUUUUGUAAUAUAACUCUGCUGCAUUUUUUAUAUUUGAGAUUUUGAAGAAACCAUGUUUGAUUAUUGUUUAAGUUACAACUGAAGAUGUUUUAAUGUGUUCUUGUUUAUAUUAUGUUACAUUUGGACUGUUUCAUCAAAUCCUGAGCUCUGAAAGAGAGAUUUCCUGGUAAUAAAGCCAAAUCAAGAGUACUUAAAAUUAAACAUUUAUUUAUUUUA